UCUGCUGAGGCAGAGAGAGAAUUCAGCAAGAUGAAGAUGAUUAAGACCAAUUUCAGAUCUUGUCUGGGAGCUGACAGGAUCACUGAUCACCUUCUGGUCAUGCUCCACUCAUCUUCAAUAAGUUAAUUUGAUCCAAUAACAACUAUCCACUUCACACAAGGAGACCAACUGUUGGGAGGGUCCAGAUUGAGAAGCAGCUGUAUAUCUGGCUUGCAGUGUGUCAACCUUAGAUGAUGGGGAAAAACCAUGGAUGCUCCAAAAAAUCUCUCAAAGAGAAAGUGGUACAGAUUUAUGAAGCAUUUUUUCGAGGUGAAGACCCAUCAUGUGGAAAUCCAAAUUUUUGGGAUGAAUUAUUUCUUCUGAGGGUGAAUGUGGAUUUUAUCGAAGAGGAAUUUGAAAGGAUGAAUAGUGAAGAAUUAAUAAGGCUGAAGGAUCCUGUCAACAACUUGUUCUACCACAGUGUCUGUGCUUUGAAGGCUGAUCAUCAAAUUCGCAUAGUUAAUGCACUUCAGACUCUUUGUGCAUUGGUGAGAGGUGUUUACAAGAAAACUCAUGGAGAUUUUGGCUUUGAUGUCAUCAACCUAUUAGUGGGCUUUGAUGUUGCAGAGUCCCAGAUGCAGGUGUUGAUUGAAUAUUUAACCAAAUUUCUGACAGGAGGGUAUCCUGCUAGUCUGAAGUCUGUUGUUCUGAAAUUUCUGUUGAUUCUAGUCACAGCUACUGAAAACGUUAGUCAAAAUACUCUUCUCGAGUACCUAAUGAUGAAUAGUGUCUUUGAAGCCAUAAUACAACUCUUGACUGACCCUCAAACCAGACUUAUUCAUGGUUAUGAUGCCAUUCUUCUCUUAACCAUAUUAGUUAACUACAGGAAAUAUGAGACAGCCAAUCCAUACAUUGUGAAGUUAUCCAUUGUAGAUAAUGAAGUAGCCCUGAAUGGGUACGGACAAGUGGUGUCAGUGGCACUGUCAGAAUUCAACAGGAAAUUUUCUCAAGAAGAAGAAGAACCUCAAGGUGGAUUCCUGACCACUCUCACCAGUAUGGUAGGAAAUAUGUUUGUUGCUGAAGAAAAUGGGAUGGAGAAAAAAAGUCUGAGGUAA